CCUCCAACCCCAUUUCUCCCCAGGGGACCUCAAAGCGGUGGAGAUGUGGCCACCACCCAACCUCUCCCUUACUCCUCAUUGGUGGCCACACAUUGGCUUUUGGUGGCCACACUUUGGCUCCCGGUGGCCACCGCUCUCCCCACCCUUCACCCCUUGACCCCCACACCCUUCUCCGUGUCCUCCAACCCCAUUUCUUCCCAGGGGACCUCAAAGCGGUGGAGAUGUGGCCACCACCCACCCUCUCCCUUAUUCCCUCCCUGGUGGCCACACGUUGGCUUUUGGUGGCCCACGGCUUCUCCCAACCCUCCAAUUGGUGGUCCACCCCCACCCCUUCCUUCCUCCUUCCUCCUCGAAGCCCUUCCCCCUCCGUUGGGGUUCAUCCGGAAGUUCAUCCGUGGGUGGAGGAACAUCUCCGAGAGGUCCUUCAGGAGGUCCUUAGGGGCCACCGGAGACCACUUUGGGGUCCUGAUGUCCUCCUGACCUUCUGGAGAUGUUCUGAGAGGUCCACCACCACCACCACCAUGGAGGAGGAGGAGAAGACCAUGCCGGUGUCCUCCUGGUUGGCAGCUCUUCACCUGGAGCAGUACGUGGAGACCUUCCACCACGAGGACCUAUGGACCGUGGGGGACUGUCGGGCGUUGAGCGAUGAGGUCCUCACCCACCUCGGGGUUCUUCUGCCCGGCCACCGCCGUCGCAUCCUCGGGGGCCUUCAAAAAACCUUCUCAGAAGCUUCGUUGGAGACCACCAAAGGUUCUCCGAGGAAACCUCUUCCCUUCAAGAGCCACCGCUUCCGUCCCACCUCCACCGAGGACCUCGCGGAGGAGCUUCCACCCACGGUGGAGGUGGACCAAGAGGGGUCCAUCGCUCGCAUCCCACCACCCAUUCCACCUCGGGUGGGAUGUAGACCUCCUGUGAGGUUCUCCUCUUCUCCAACACCGUUUGGAUCACCUCCUGCUCCUCAGAACCCUCUGGAGAUGCCACCACGGACCACAAAGAGGUCACCGCCUGCUCCUCAGAACCCUCUGGAGAUGCCACCACGGGUUGAGAAGCCCUUAGAGGAGACCACAAAGAGGUCAUCGUCUGCUCCUCAGAACCCUCUGGAGAUGCCACCAUGGACCACAAAGAGGUCAUCGUCUGCUCCUCAGAACCCUCUGGAGAUGCCACCACGGGUUGAGAAGCCCUUAGAGGAGACCACAAAGAGGUCACCGCCUGCUCCUCAGAACCCUCUGGAGAUGCCACCAUGGACCACAAAGAGGUCAUCGUCUGCUCCUCAGAACCCUCUGGAGAUGCCACCACGGGUUGAGAAGCCCUUAGAGGAGACCACAAAGAGGUCAACGUCUGCUCCUCAGAACCCUCUGGAGAUGCCACCACGGGUUGAGAAGCCCUUAGAGGAGACCACAAAGAGGUCACCGCCUGCUCCUCAGAACCCUCCGGAGAUGCCACCACGGGUUGAGAAGCCCUUAGAGGAGACCACAAAGAGGUCACCGUCUGCUCCUCAGAACCCUCUGGAGAUGCCACCACGGGUUGAGAAGCCCUUAGAGGAGACCACAAAGAGGUCAUCGUCUGCUCCUCAGAACCCUCUGGAGAUGCCACCACGGACCACAAAGAGGUCACCGUGUGCUCCUCAGAACCCUCUGGAGAUGCCACCACGGGUUGAGAAGCCCUUAGAGGAGACCACAAAGAGGUCACCGUGUGCUCCUCAGAACCCUCUGGAGAUGCCACCACGGGUUGAGAAGCCCUUAGAGGAGACCACAAAGAGGUCACCGCCUGCUCCUCAGAACCCUCUGGAGAUGCCACCACGGGUUGAGAAGCCCUUAGAGGAGACCACAAAGAGGUCAUCGUCUGCUCCUCAGAACCCUCUGGAGAUGCCACCACGGGUUGAGAAGCCCUUAGAGGAGACCACAAAGAGGUCACCGUCUGCUCCUCAGAACCCUCUGGAGAUGCCACCAUGGGUUGAGAAGCCCUUAGAGGCCACCACGAAGAGGCCACCGUUGCCGGCCAAGAGGCGCCACUUGGAAGCCAAAGGUCCUCCGUUGCCCCAAGGGCCACCGCAGGUCCCCCCCCGGACAAUGACCCUCAGGAGUUCCUCUCCCAACGAGGAGGUGGUGGUCCACCACAGGAGGUCCCCACCGCCCCGGUGGCCUCGGGGGAAGGCACCGUCGAAGGUCACCGCUGGGUUUGGUGAUUCGGACGAAGAGGACAUCACCAGGAGGAUGGAAUUAAGAGGAACCAUCCAGGAGGUGGUUGAGAAGGAGGAGGCGGAGCCUCCGGAGGGACCUCCGAGAUCCGAAGGACUCACGGCGGAAAAGGGACAACGGCGAAGGGGGAGAGGAGGGAGCAGAGAACCAAGGUGUCGGCGCUGCCUCCGAUCCCGGAAUGGAGAGGGUCCCCCGCUGUCCCCCACGCUCCGGGCGGGAUGGUUGGACAAGAACCCACCGCAGGGGUCCUACAUCUACCAGAAGCGGUGGGUGACCCUCGAUGCCGACUGUCUCCGCUACUUCGACACUGAGAAGGACAUCUACUCCAAGCGCUUCAUCUCCAUCUCCUCCAUCUCCCGCGUGGUCACCGUUGGAGAGCAGAAGUUCGAGGUCCUCACCCACCACCGUAACUUCGUCUUCCGCGCUGAGAGCGACGCGGAGAGGAACGAGUGGAUGGGGAUCCUCCAGGAGGUGGUGGAGGAGAAGAGGAGGUCCAAAGGUCCGGAGAGGACAUCGGUGUCCACCACCACCACCACCGAUGUGAGUGAGAAGAAGGGUUUCUUGGAGCUCAGGGGCUUCAAGAACAAAGUCCUCGUGGUGGUGGAAGGAGAUAAAGUCCUCCUCUGCAAGAACGUAGAGGACCAUCGUCAGGGGAUGGGAAUCACCUCCAUCGCCAUGAAGGUGGGGAGCGUCCGCCAGGUGGAACGCAGGAGCUUCGACCUCAUCACCCCCUCCAGGGUCUUCAGCUUCGUGGCCGACUCGGAGCAGGAGAAGGAGGAGUGGAUGGAAGCCAUGAAGGACUCCAUCGCCGAAGCUCUCUCCAACUCGGAGGUGGCCGAGAAGAUCUGGAGAGUGGAAGGGAACCGUUUCUGCGCCGACUGUGGAUCUCCCAAACCCGAAUGGGCGUCCAUCAACCUCUGCGUCGUCAUCUGCAGGAGAUGCGCAGGAGAACAUCGGGGUUUGGGCCCCACCAUCUCCAAAGUCCGGAGCCUAAAGAUGGACCGGAAGGUGUGGACGGAAGAGUUGAUUGAGCUCUUCCAGCAGCUCGGCAACGCGGCGGCCAACGCCUUCUGGGCGGCCAACGUUCCUCCCAGCGAAGCCAUCGUCCCCACCAGCGGCAGUCGGGACAGGAGGCGCUUCCUCAGCGCCAAAUAUCGCGACGGCAAAUACCGACGGUACCACCCCCUCUUCGGCAACCAAGAGGAGCUCAACAGGGCCCUGUGCGUGGCCGUCACCACCGGUGACCUCGCGGAGACGCAGGCUCUGCUCUUCUGUGGAGCGGCCGUCACCUGCGCCACCGGAGACCCUCAGUGCCCGACGCCCCUCACGUUGGCCGAGAAGAGUGGGCAGAGGCUGCAGAUGGAGUUCCUCCACCACAACCGAACCUCAGAGCCCCCACGCCUGGAGGUGGGGGGCGGCGAGGAGAAGACCUUCCAGGUGUCCCCGUCCUCCGUCACCCAUCAUGGCUUCCUCUACAAAACGCCCUCCAUGGCCAAACCCAUUGGAGAACGGAAAGGUCCAGAAGAGUUCAGCCGCCGUUGGUGCUCCCUCGGCCGCGGAGUCCUCCGUUACUCCGAGAGCGACCGCAGCGCCGCUCCCAACGGAGAGAUCCGAACGAAGGACAUCGUCUGCCUCGCAAAGAACCCCCCCCGGAGCCACGGUCCUCCGGGAAUGCCGCCCGAUCCGUUUCCGUGUCCCACAGAGCGUCCCCUGCACUACUCGGAGAAGGUACUUCCGAUUGUCCACGGCCUGGGAACGGGGAGCUACCUGGUGGUCAGGAAGCAGCUCGGCAUGGAGAGCAUGUUGGUCUACCUCGCCAGCAGAGUGGGCGACUGCAAGCACGGAAUGAUGAAAUUCCGGGAGGAACGGAACCUGCUGGGACUCGGCCUCAGCACCGGAUUCCACGACCGCUACUUCAUCCUUAACAACUCCUGCCUGCGCCUCUACAAGGAAGUGCGGAGCCACAAACCAGAGAAGGAGUGGCCUGUGAAGAACCUGAAGGUCUACCUGGGAGUUAAGAAGAAGCUUCGGCCACCGACAUGUUGGGGCUUCACCGUCUUCUACGAAACCGAAAAACACGAGAAACAGCAAUGGUACCUCUGCUGCGACACCCAAAGCGACCUCCGGGAGUGGUUCGCCACCUUCCUCCAUGUCCAGCACGGUGGAGCCCUGUGGCCGUCGGAGAGCUCCAAAGUGCGUCCGUCGCGGUGGCAGCAGAAUUCCAGGAUGGGGAAUGUCUCCCUCAUCCCUCUCCGCGGGAAUGAGAAUGAGAUGAGGAGCAGUGUGGGAGCUUCGGCCACCGAUCCGCUGUCCCUCCUGAGGAACGUCUGAGUUGGAGGUCUUGGAGCGUUGGGUUUGUCCACCACCGAGAGGACCCCUCGAGGACCUUCGCCGACACCCAACGAGGGUUCCACCACCGCUCCACAACCUCUGCUGAACCUUCUCCUCUCCUCCCAACCCCCCAGAGGGGACACAGCCAUGAGGACACCCACCCAAAAGCCACCCCUGGGGGCCCACCAGGACCAGGACCUCCUCUCGGGUGGGGUUGGUGACCAAGAGGACCUCUUGAUUGUCCACCUUCUCCUCUUUUGAUGUCUCUCCACCUUCAAACAUGGCUUUGGAGGCGGUUCCUCCACCUCCUCGUGGAGAACCUCAUCUUCUACGGCCGAAAGGAGGGGUCCACGUGGUGGGGGAGGAACCGUCUGAGGAGCUCAGACCUCGGGGGGUGGUGGGAAAGAGGUCCUUCUCAGCGUGGUCACCACAUCCUUCAGUUGGGUCCAACGGUGGUGGACAUCUCCAUAACAUCUUCUGGAUGUGGGGAUCAGAAGGUCCCGGGUGGAGUCUGAAGAUGACACGGAGUGAAGACACCACCGAGGGGACCCCUGGAGGACCUUCUCCAACACCCAACGAGGGUUCCCCCACCGCUCCCCACCCUCUGCUGCUGCUCCAGAAGAAAGAGUGGACCUCCAGGCUGAUGUGGACAACCUGGAAGAGAGAGCCAACGGCUUCGUGAAGUCCAAGGAGGACCAACGGAAGGUCUUCCAGCCAAGAACCCCAACCUUGGUGAGGAGCUCGGAGGGUCCUCCCUGGAGAAGGGCUCCAUGGAGGAGGACCUGGAGGUCCUCGGUGGACAACAGCCUCGAAGGGAGGGAGAGAAGACAGCCGAGAAGAUGCUGAGGAGCAUCAAGAAGGUCAUCACCAGCGGAGAAGAAGACAUUGUCCGCUCCUUUUGGCCCUUCUCAUGACGGACGUGGAGUCCUUCAUCCACUUUGGGGGUUCCUGGAGGACCAAAGAGGUGUCCUCAGGUUGGAGAAGGACCAAAGAAGGACCACCCGAGAGGGUGGGAAGGAGCGGAGAACCUUUGGGUGGGAAUGAAAGGAGAAGUUGGGGUUCGGCCGUGGACAUCCGUGGGGGGACGCGAUGGUCUUCUCCACCAAAGAGGGGCUCUGAGGAGGGUUUGUGGAGCCCUGGGAGGAGAAGACCGAGGGGAGACCUUCUCAGCAUCUCCGUGUGGAUAAAAGGGGUCCACCAAGAGGAUGGAGAAGACCUUUCUGGGGUGGAGAUGGAGAA